AUGAUUAGGGAUAAAUAUCGCGUCGAUUACAGGAUCGGCAAGGGCGGUUUCGGCCUUGUGUAUGCGGGAACCGAUGUUGAUACCAAAGAAGACGUUGCAAUCAAGCUGAUGCGUGAUCGAAGAGGACCCUACAUGCUUGAGGACGAAGCAAAUACUUAUCGAGCCCUUGCCGGCGGAGUCGGAAUUCCUCAAGUCCUUUGGUUUGGCCAUGAGUGUGAUUACUACGUUUUGGUUCAAACACUUCUUGGCCCGUCUCUGGAGGACUUGUUGAACUACUGUGGUCGGCGYUURUCGCUCAAGACUGUCCUCCUUAUUGCGGACCAGGCAAUUUCUCGAAUCGAGUACAUYCAUUCCAAAGGCUUUCUCCAUCGCGAUAUCAAGCCAGACAACUUCCUCAUGGGAGUCGGCAAGCAAGGCAACAUACUGUACACCAUCGACUUUGGGUAUGUACUUGUCUACUUGUCACGGGGUGAGUUGCCCUGGCAAGGUCUACGAGCUGCAACGAAAGACGAAAAGGACGAUCUAGUGAAAGAGAAGAAGAUCAACAUACCGGUGGAAUCGAUCUGUGAGGGUUUGCCAGAAGAAUUUGUCGCGUAUAUCAAGUAUACCAGGUCACUUGCAUUCCACGACAAGCCUGACUACGCCCAUCUACGCCACUGUUUCCGUCGCUUGUUCAAAUCCAGGGGUUUUACCCACGACAACGUGUAUGACUGGACCGAGAGACGGUUCUAUGAGAUGCAGAGGCAAACGCCCGACGUCUCAGAGUCAGCAGAGGAUUAA